AUGUUCUCUUUUCCACUUGGUAAUUGCAGCAUAACCUUAUCCCAUGGAGAGUAUGAAGUGAUCAAAUCGCCAACAGGCAGUAAAACCAAGCGUGCUGAUCUUUAUCUAGGGAAAUCAAAGAAGGGGGUUUAUUGUGCUUUAGUUCGUAAUUGCAGGUCAUACCGACUUCGGGUUUGGUUGCUUACCGAAGUAUGUGGUAAAAUGAAGUGGCGAGUGAAGAUUGACAUAAGCCUUUUGUCGGUGGUAGCAAAAUUUUCUUGGAUCUCCCGUGUUGAAAACUCUGGGCCGUGGAUCUUUCAUGAAGGGAAUUGCAAUAGAGAUGGUGAAGAAGCACUAGUGGAAGAUAAACUUGAAUGGGACUUUGACAAGGCUACUGUUCUUGAGGGCGUAGAUAAUGCUGAAAGUGAGUAUAUGCAUGGAGAUAUUUAUUUCCUUGGGUUCCAUCCAUACAAAGAGAUUGCCUUCUUGUGGGUAUCAAGAACAAGAGUGGUUGCUUAUCAUUUAUGUAGCUCGAAUGUUCAAGAUUUGGACGAGUUAUGUCUACAAAGUGUAGGAGAUUCUUUUCCAUACGCACCAUGUUGGACAGGAGAGUUAUUUGAAAAUAAUUGA